AUGCGACUCGAGCGAGGAGAGGCUUUUGCGCCCUCGCGCACGCCGUCCAAGGCGCCUGGCGCGACGCAGUCGGAGGACGACGCUCUUCUCGGCUGCGGGAAGCGACAGGGAGAAGACGAAGACGCAGGCGACUCGCCAAAAAGGAAACGAAGGAAAAUCAUCUGCGGAGAAGUUCAAGACGGCCACCCGCCGACGCCCUCGAAGACGCGCCUGUACUGGAACGCGGUGUUUGAGGAGACGCCUGAGACAUAUUUCGUUUCUUCGCGUCGCGUGCGACACCUGGCGGAGCACUUUCUCCUGGGUCGCAGCUGGGAGAAGGCCUCGCGCACCGGCCGCUCUCAGAACCUCCUCGAGGUCCUCGUCUCCUCCGCCGUCUUUCAACACACUCCUGCGCCCGCCGCGGAUGUGGCUCUCGCACGUGCGCCGACUCUCCGCGACACGCCGUCGCCGCAGCCACAGCAUUCGCUCCCUUCUCCGCUGUCGCCUUUCUCGCCCUGGCUCCUUCCAAGUCGCUCGCGGAUGGCAACGCUCGUCGAGGUCAUGUGCGGCGGCCGCGGCAACCAUCUCGCCUUCCUCUCCCCCGCGCUGUCUCCGCGCUUCCGCUGCUACGUCGGGAUAGACAUAUCCGACCGCGCCCUCGCCAUCUCGCGUACAGCCGCGCCACGCGCGUCUCCUGCACGGGCGGAGGCUCCCACGCAGAGCUCCUGCACCGCUGCGACGGUCACGGCGAGGGCGACAGCCGGGUUGGAGCGGGCGGGGAAGUGCCGCUUUCUGCUGCAGGACUGCGGCGCGCUGGGCGACGAGCUGCCGCUGCUCAAGUCCGCCUUCGCGCUUAUCGUCGCCGGCCUGGAUGACGUCCUCGUGCGCAGCGGAGGCGCGGAGGCUGGCGACGCCGACGAACUCCACGCCGCGCUGAGCUCCGUCGCCGCCACGCUCUGCGUCGGCGGGAAACUUCUCGCCAUCGAGCCGACGCGGCAUUUGGGGGACUUGCUGUUGGCGAUAACGAAGGCGCUGCUGUCUCCGAGCGGCGCGUCGCGGUUUCUUCGACUCGAGCAGCUGAAGCUGAUCGGCGCGCGCAGGCAGGUCGCCGUCUUCAAGUUCCACCGCGCAGCCGCUGCGGGCGCCGCUGCGAGCCUUGCGGCGCUUCAACAGUUCUACGCAAAGGCGAUUCGGCCCCUCACGCCUUGGUCAUCUGUGGGGCUUGAGCCGUCGCUGCUGGACGUGGACGCCCUGCGCACGAGGCUGCCGCUGCUGUCUCAUCUCGCGCGUAUUCAGGCGACAGUCGAGCUCUCCUUCCUGCUCUUCCAGGCCUGUCUCAGCGGCAACCUGGAGGCUGGAGCGCUUCUCUUGGCGCGCGGCGCAGAUCCCAACGUGGCCUGCGCGCUGGACCGAUGUCCGCGGGUCGGGAGGUCCUGCGCGAUGCAGGCUUGCCUUCAAGCUCUCUUUCCUUCGCCCUGUCUCUCUGCGUCCUCGCUGUCCUCCGCUCGCGACGCCGCAUCCUCCUGCGCGUCGCAUGCGCGGCGAGGCCUGCAGAAGCUUCCACGUCCGCCGUCGCUCUCCUUCUGUUGUCCCGCAAGUCGGGGCGAGCCCGCGGCCUCCCCCGACGGACUUUCGGCGUCCCCCGCUGCAGCUGGCGAGGCUCCGCGGGCGCCUGCGGGUCGCACGCGCCCGUUGCACGUGGCGGCUGCGCGCGAAGAUGUUUUAUUUUUCCUUCUGCUUCUUCAGCACGGAGCGGAUCCCUCCUUGCCCGACGAGAGAGGCCUGCGACCGGCAGACAUUCUCGCGGACGCAGCUCGAAGCGAAUUGCGGAAGCUGAAGACGCGCCAGCGAGCAGCCCCAGGCGUGAGCUCGGCCGCUUCGUGUGCAUGCCUGCGCCACGAGGCCGGGGUGGGCGGAAGGCGACAAGAAGGCGCGUCGCGGUAUCUUUUCCAAGGCGCAGAUCGAGCAGGAGAAUACGAGGCUUCGCGAGUUGGCGAGGCCAGGGAAGCAACGCCGAUGCUAGGGCUUCGCGUCCCAAAAGGGUUGACACACACGACGGCUCGGGCUGUACGUACACCCGACCCAACCGGCCAGCGGGCGGAGCUAGGUCGAGCAGGCCAGCCUCAGAAACUAGGCGAGUCUCUGAAUGCGUCAGGCGAUGCAGCCAUUGAAGGGGCGAGAGUGGAGGAACUCGGACGUGGAUCUGCUGGCGGCGAGCGGCGUAGAGAAACUGCGGACGCGAGCAGGCGCCUUCGGCUUCCUCCGGAUGAAAUUUUGAAACCGACCGGCCUGCGCGAGAGCGCCGAGGCGCGGGACUUGCGCACUGUCGCGCUCCUUUCGUGGGUGGGGGCGGCUACGGAAGCGGCGGCGACGGAAGGAGCAAACGACGCGUGCGACGCCGGAACUCUUGAGGCCGCCAGAGAUGCAGAAAACCACGCAGGCGACGCCGAAGGUGAAGACGAGAGAGAGGAAAAAGACGAGACCGCAGACUUUCUGGAGCUCCUCGCCACUGACCUGUACGGCCCCCUUGUCUGGCCUUUCGUCAACCCUAUCGAGGUCAGCAUAGUUUCACAAUGGAGGUUUCGCCUGCGACCCAAUAUGCAGUGCAGGUUGUACUGA